UUUUCCAAGAUGGCGUCGGCGCGCGGCUGAGGCGGAGGAGCGGGCCCAACCCUGGCCUCGGAGGCGGCCGCCUUGCCUUCUCGCUCCGCCCCUCCCCGUCCCUCGCUCGGAGCAGGCGGAAAAGGGGGCCCCGGGCGCCGUGGGAGGGAGGAGGGAGCCGGGGCCCCGACCCCAGGAGCCUCUGGAGGCCUCACCCCUCCUCAGCACCAUCCCUCUCCUCUCCGCCUCAGGAGCCAGAGCGCGCGACGCCCCCUUCCCUCCCUCCCUCCUUCCUUCCCCGCCCCCUCCUCCUCCUCCUCGGUCUCUCUCUCUCUCCUCACGCGAAGCCCCUUCUUCUUCCUCCUCCUCCUCCUCGGCCGGCCUGGGAACGGGGGGAAGGCCGAGGCGGGUGGCUGUCAAGGCGGAGGAGGCAGGUGAACUCAGAAAGAGAAGAAGCAGAAGCAGAAGGAGCCCCACGAAUUCAUUUGAUGCUGCCCGCUCCAUCUAGAGGAGAGUUCAAUUGGCAACUCUCUGCUGAAGAUAGAGGCACAUGUAUAUGACGUCCUAAGAUUCCUUUAUCCGGUUUAUGUGAUUUACUGAAGAGUCCGGUUUUUCGUUUCCCCAUGAAUUACCUUCCAGUUCUGGAAAGGUAGAGGCGUGAACUGACUCAACAUGAGUGGCCUUGGGAACAACUCCAUGGACCCGGCAAACCCGGAUUCCCAGAAGAGGAAGGGGUCGCCGUGUGACACUCUGGCCCAGAGCAAUGAGAAACGGCGCCGGGAGCAAGAGAACAAAUACCUAGAAGAACUCGCAGACUUGCUUUCCGCCAAUAUUGGAGAGAUCGACAGCUUGAGCGUCAAACCCGACAAAUGCAAGAUCCUGAAGAAGACCGUCGAUCAGAUCCAGCAGAUGAAAAGACUUGAGCAAGAGAAAACAGCUGAUGAUGAUGUCCAGAAAUCCGAUAUCUCGUCCAGCAGCCAAGGAGUGAUUGAGAAGGAAUCCCUGGGGCCUCUCCUUCUGGAGGCGCUCGAUGGCUUCUUCUUUGUCGUGAAUCGCGAAGGACGGAUCGUGUUUGUGUCCGAGAAUGUGACCAGCUACUUGGGCUACAACCAGGAGGAACUCAUGAACACAAGUGUCUACAGCAUCUUGCACGUGGGAGACCACGCCGAGUUCGUCAAGAACCUCUUGCCCAAAUCGCUCGUCAAUGGCGUCCCUUGGCCCCAAGAAUCCACCAGGCGCAACAGCCAUACUUUCAACUGCAGGAUGCUGACCCGGCCACCGGACGAAUCCGCCGCAGAGAACCAGGAGGCCCGCCAGCGCUACGAGGUCAUGCAGUGCUUCACCGUGUCCCAGCCAAAGCUGAUCAAGGAGGAAGGAGAAGAUCUGCAGUCCUGCCUGAUAUGCAUCGCACGAAGAUUACCUCGAUCCACUGUCCCCACCACAUCAGAAUCUUUCAUGACCAAGCAGGAUACUACAGGUAAAAUCAUUUCCAUCGACACCAGUUCGCUGAGAGCGGCAGGCCGGACCGGCUGGGAAGAUCUAGUGAGGAAAUGCAUCUAUGCUUUCUUCCAGCCUCAGGGCAGGGAGCCAUCUUACGCCAAGCAGCUAUUUCAGGAAGUGAUGACACGGGGCACAGCCUUCAGCCCAUCCUACCGGUUCACACUAAGCGACGGGACUGUCCUGAGCGCCCACACCAAGUGCAGGCUCUGCUGCCCGCAGAGCCCGGAGAUGCAGCCUUUCAUCAUGGGCAUUCACAUCAUUGAGAGGGAACAUGGCCCACUGUCACCUCAAGAUAACACUAACUCCGGAAUGCCUCUUCCUCGCGUCAAUCCCUCUCUGAACCCCAACAUUUCCCCUGGGCAAGGCAUGCCUCUGUCUACCCAACUCCCUCCCACCAACAAUGGAAACAUGUUACCGGCCAAUCCGGGCCACCCGCCAGGACCGGGCCUGCAUGCCAAUAGCGGGGGUGCUCCCGCCACCGGCCCGACAGGCUUUGGAUGUUCACCGGGGAGCCAGAUGGGACCGAACGUUGCCUUAAGCCAGGGACAGGCUGCUCCCCAGAACAGCAGCCACGCCAUGAACCUCAGCAGCUCCCCCAUGAACAGCCCCGGGGUCACCCCGCCACAGUUCAUGUCCCCCAGGCAUCGGGUCAGCCCAGGAUUGGCCCAUCGGCCCAGAGUGCCAAGCAACCCCUUUUCCCCCACGAUGCCCACCACACACUCCCCCGUGGGCAUGAUGGGCGGCUGCAGUGCCGGCAACGCCGUUGGCAACAGGCCUUACCCCGGCACCCCCUUAAACUCCAUGCAAGGACUUAGAGAAGGGCCCAGCCCCCCGGUGGGCUACUCAACCCCCUCCCCUGUUUUGCGGCAGCUGAGCAACCAGAACUCGCCCAGCCGGAUGAGCAUGCCGCCCAUGAAAACAGAGCCAAAGGACAGCAAGGAGAUGGGCUCCAUCCUGUGUGGCAUGGCCCAUUCUGACAGCAUCUCGGGCGACAACAAGCCUUUGGACUCUAGUUUGCUGCACGGCAGCGACAGACUCUCAGAGGGGGACAGCAAGUGCUUACAGGCCACCAGCCAGAAGCUAGUCCAGCUCUUGGCCACCACGGCUCAGGAGCAGUUGCGGCACGCGGACGCCGACACCAGCUGCAAAGAGCCUUUGUCUUGCACGGGCACCUCCGGGACCCCCUCCUCCGGGAACCCUGUGGGCAGCGCCUGCCCCUCCUCCCACAGCUCCCUCACGGAGCGACACAAGAUCCUGCACCGGCUCCUCCAGGAGGGCAGCCCCUCGGACAUUAACUCCCUGGCCAUGGAGCACGACAAAAAGGACGGUGUGGCCAGCGGGAACGCCGCACAGAACCAAGGCCCGGGAACCCCGGACAUGAGGCUGGAGGCCGAGGCAAUGAAGAAGAAGGAGUCCAAGGACCACCAGCUCCUCCGCUACCUGCUUGACAAGGAUGAAAAGGAGCUGGCCUCUAACCCCACCUUGAGCCUGGAUGACGUGAAGGUGAAAGAGAACCCGGAGCAACUGGAAUCCUGCAGUGUGGCUCCCAAGCAGGAGGAGGGGAAGCUGCAGCCACAGGGACAGUACGCUUCCGACCUCGACCAGAUCUUGCCAUCGCUGGAAAAAGCCGCCCAGUUGCCGCCGGGCCUCUGUGGAUCGGAGACGGCCGAAAGCGGUGGCAUCUCCAUCAAGUCCGAGAUCUUGACCCCUUCCCUCCAGCCGACCACCGCAGCACGAACUCCCACUGGGAUGAGCUCAGUGAAUGGUGGCCAGGGCAUGCAGGCCGGACGGUCCCCCUAUGAAAUCUGCGACCCUUUGGAGCCAGUUCAGCCUCGGACGGCGCCCUUCCCGCCCAUGAACGGCAGCCCUCACCCAGGGUUGCCCCCCGAGCUGGCCAGAGGCGCCAUGCCUGGACCCACUCCUUACCAGCCCGACACAGGGUUGCCUGAACUGGAAUUGGGAGUCUCCGACCAUCAGUUUGGACAGCCAGCAAUGGGAGAACAGCUCCCUUGGGCAGACAACGCCAUGACCUCCAUCAACCAAGGACCCAUAAGCAAGCCAGAUGACCACUGCAUCACAUCUCAGCUGGACGAGCUCCUGUGCCCCCCAACCACCCCCGAGGGGCGGAACGACGAGAAAGCCCUCCUCGAGCAGCUGGUCUCCUUCCUGAGCGGCAAAGAUGAGAACGAACUGGCAGAACUGGACCGCGCUCUUGGCAUCGACAAACUGGUCCAGGGAGGUGGCCUGGAGGCGCUGACGGAGAGGUUCCAGCCACAGCAAGCAGCGCCAGCCCCGCCACCCAUGGCCAUGGAGCAGAAGCCCGGCCUGUACCCGCAGCCUUACCCCUCAGCCUCCCCCACCGCCAGCCUCGCCGGCCCCUUCCAGGGCAUGGUCAGGCAGAAGCAGUCCUUUGGGCCCAUGCCGGUCCAGGUCCCUCCGCCUCGGGGGGCCUUCCCGACCAACAUGGGGAUGCAGCCACGGCAGGCGCUCAGCCGGCCCCCUACAGCACCCAACCAGUUGCGGCUGCAGCUGCAACAGAGGCUCCAAGGACAACAGCAGCUGAUACACCAAAAUCGGCAAGCGAUCCUGAACCAAUUUGCUGGGAACCCUCCGGGCAGCAUGGGCAUGAGGCCCGGGAUGCAGCAACAGAUCACAGGGCAGCCGCCACUCAACGCACAGAUGCUGGCCCAGCGCCAGCGCGAACUCUACAGCCAGCAGCACCGGCAGAGGCAGCUCAUGCAGCAGCGCGCCAUGCUCAUGCGGCAGCAGCAAAGCUUUGGGAGCAGCCUGCCCCCUUCAGCUGGGGUCCCGGUGCCCUUGGGGGCCGGGCGCCUCCCCCAGGCCCCCCCUCAGCAGUUCCCUUUUCCUCCCAAUUAUGGUACGAAUCCGGGGAACCCUCCGGCCUCCACCAGCCCCUUCUCGCAGCUGGCGGCAUCCAACCCGGAGGCAGCCCUGGCCAACCGGAACAACAUGGUGAACAGGGGGAUGAUGGGAAGCGUCGGAGGACAGUUCGGCACCAACAUGAGCCCUCAGAUGCAGCAGAACAUCUUCCAGUAUUCGGGGUCAGGGAUGGGUCAGCAGGCAGAGGCGGCCUUUGCCCCUUCGCUCAGCCCCGGCAGCCCCUUGAUGUCGCCCCAGAUUCCUCCCUCGCAGAGCCCCAUGCUCCAGUCAGCCCCACCCACGCCGGGGUACCAGUCGCCCGACAUGAAGACCUGGCAGCAAGGAGCCAUGGGGAAUAACAGCGUCUUUGGCCAAGCUGGGCAGAACCAGCCCUCACCCGCCCAGCAGGGAAUGUACAACAACAUGAGCAUCACCGUCUCCAUGGCUGGAGGGAAUGCCAAUGUCCAGAACAUGAACCCGAUGGCUGGGCAGAUGCCCAUGAGCUCCCUGCAGAUGCCCAGCAUGAACCAGCUGUGCUCUGAGCAGGUGAACGACCCAUCUCUCAGACCCACAGGCCUCUACUGCAACCAGCUCUCCUCUGACCUUUUGAAGACAGAAGCCGAUGGCGCACAGGUCCAGCAGGUCCAGGUCUUUGCGGACGUCCAGUGCACGGUCAACCUGGUGGGCGGAGACCCCUACCUGAACGCGCCCGGCCCGGUGGGCGGCCAGAAGACCCCGGGGGGCUCCCAGACGCCGCAAGCCCAGCAGAAAAGCCUCCUUCAGCAGCUACUGACGGAAUAGCCCCGCUUUUCAACGACGACGACGACAAACAAACAAAAGAAAGAAAAAAAGGAAUGUGAAAUUUAAAUAAUAAUAAUUAAAACGUACAGAGAUAUAUAUAAAUAUAUAAAUAUAUAUUAUAUAUUUUUCUGAGAUUUUUGAUAUCUCAACAAAAAAAAACACUUUCAGCCAUUCUUCUCCUUCUUCGGCUCUCGUAGUGUUUGGAGCAAAAUAAUUUGUUUUCCUUUCUAUCUUUAUUAUUAUUUUUUCCCUAAAGGUGUUGGAUGUCAGCAAAAGAGCGACAAGACGGAACAGUUGAGCCAAAAUUUAGAGAUGAUCCUUAUUUUUGUAAUCAGUUGCUGGCUUCUUAUCCCUGAUGGAGGUUCUUUGUGGGGUGGAGCGGCGGUGGGGCGGAGCGCGAGAGGGGGAAAAAGGGCGUUUUGCUGGGCGUUUCGGGAGAGGAGGAAUCGGGGGGGGAUUCGGGUUCUCAGUUUCAGCUGGAUCUGUCACUGAUUUGCGCCUUCAGCCGAACGGGAAUCAGGGGGGACAAUCCUGCCCGUCUCUUCUGUGGGAAGAGACGCUUUCCGCUGUUGAAGACACGCACCCUUCGCCCCCCAUCGCCCGCCCCCCAUCCCCAACCUGUUUGUGCAAUCAGCUUUUUUCUAGCAAUCGUGAAUUUGUCAAUUUUGAGGAAAGCAAGAAUGAUAAGAAUUAUGAUGAUGAUAAUAAUAAUAGUAAUAAUAAUUAAUGACAGAGUAUUUUGACCCACCCAUUUCCCCCCCAAAACCCCUUAUGUUUUAUUACCGGUAUAUAGACCGCCUCCCUAAGGUGUGAAAAAAAAGAGGCCUCUGUAUAUAUAUAUAUGAGAAACAGGGUGGGUUGGACUCUCACACAAAAACUAAUAUAAGUACAGUUUGGGGGAAUAAUUGCAAUAUUUUUAGCGGGAGGGAGGAGGAGGGGGAGGAGGCCACAGCCGCUCUGAGAGCAACGCACCAAGUGCCCUCCGGACCGCCGUCCUUCCAUUCAUUUCCAUAGGACUUACGCCCCAAGUCCUGUCCGAAUGAAGGGAGGGAUGCGCAGCUCUCGGCCAAGUCGCCUCCUCCGGCCACUAUUGUAGAUAUUUUUUAAAAAGAAAGAAAAUCAGAUUAAAAUUAAGCAGUCGGUUCUCUGCUUUGAUUCUGUUUAACAGCCAAAGUAGCUUAAAACUAUUUAAAAAAAUAAUAUUGAUUAUAAUUUUUUAAAAGGCAUUUAUUUGCAGAACGGGAGACAAGCUUCUUUGCCGCCCACCCCGCCCCGCUCUCAGGCCUUUCAAUGUAAAUAGCUCAAAACAAACAAACAGACAAACUUCUUGUACAAUUUGGUUUCCUUCUUCUCUUUUUAGUUCUCUUAAAGGGGAUUGCUCUUAAAUAGCAUUGCUUUUUGGAGGGGGCGGGCGGGGAGGAGGGGGCUCUUUCUUUCCUCUUUCUGGAAUUUUGUUGGAUGUGUGAAAAACAAAAAAAAACUGUGUAGCUUUUUGUUAAUUGAAUUUGCAAGAGUUUAAAAAAAACAAAGAGACAAAA